AUGUGGGGACUGGUCCAGUUACUCGUGGACUAUCUUGCGCCCUUAUUUUUAGUCUUGUCGCCCAUUACAUCCUACGCCGAUCAGAUCGCGUCGAUACACCGGAAAAAAUCUUGCGAUGGCUUCUCCCUCGAUAUCCCGCUCAUUAUGCUAGUUGCGUCAAUUCUCAAGGUUUUCUAUUGGUUCGGUGCCUACUACGACAAAUCGCUCCUCAUCCAGGCUUCGCUCAUGAUAAUUGUGCAACUCAUCCUCCUAAAGGUCGCGCUAGACAACCGGGCACCAACUGGUGACAGCGAAAAAGGCGGGAUACACCAUACCCCAUUUCAUGGAUAUACCCACAACAGUCCGGGGAAUAAAGGCGUCCUGUGGGAUUUCUUGAUGGAGGGAAGGAGACCAUUUGGGUUUUGGCAAUGGAAUGCCACCAAGCCGUACUUUGUCUUCCUCCUGUACUUCACCAUGAGCCUCCUCUUCAUCCAUAUUUUCUUGCCUUUCCUGUCCCGGACACCGUUUUACGUCACCUUUCUGGGCUACGUUGGGCUGGCGGUCGAAGCCAUCCUUCCUAUCCCUCAGAUUCUCAAGAACCACCGUGCCCGGUCUUGCAAAGGGUUUCGCCUCUCGGUCAUCAUCAACUGGCUAGCGGGUGACGCGAUGAAAAUGAGUUAUUUCUUUCUCAGCAAAGAGUUUGUGCCGUGGCCCUUCCGUCUCUGCGGCAUCUUCCAGGCUUGUUGUGACUCGUAUCUGGGGUUGCAAUUUUUGAUGUAUGGACAGGGGCCAGCUGGCAUGAAAGAGGAGGUUCCGAUGGCGAGUGUAGGAGCAGGUUCUAUGGGAAAUACUGGAUUCCCUGGGUGA